AGUGGAACCUUCAACCAUGAACCAUCUUCGCAUCAUCUUGGUGGUCCUCGCAGUGGUGAGCCUCCUCCCCUGUAUUCUGGGCCAAGCCUUCGGGAAAAAUGUUCUGGGAUCGUUGCUCUUGCACAGGCGUCACACAACGACGGCACCCACGAGCCGCGUGAAAUUCGUCACUCAGAGACACACCGCACCGAGACGGGCUUCCACGACAAGAGCGUCCGAUCUGAAAGCAGAUGUCGAGACUCCCGACGCGAAGACGACUCCAGUGAAUGCCCCGCGGUUGACACAGAGCACACCUUUAGGUCCUGCGGUCGACACAAGCAACAACUCACCCCAGGGCCGGAUUCCGCGAAUCACGAACAAGGUCCGCGGUGACCAGUCUCGGAGCUAGAUAUAAUAAGCCGACUUGUCACGAGACUGCUACCACCCGCCUCAACUAGGAUCUGACUCUGUCAUGAACCGUCCUCUGUACAAAAAUAUAUU